AUGGCAGGUCGUGGUGGAAUGACAGAUGGGGACUGGCCCUGUCCUAAUGCUACCUGCUCGAAUGUCAAUUUCGCGCGACGUAGUCGACCCGACCUACUUCAUGGUGGUGACAACAAGCUUAAGCCUAAGGAAGGAGGGAUUGACCUACGAGGUCCACCGGGUCUUUUUCAGUCUGGAGACUGGACAUGCAAUACAUGUGGCAAUAUCAAUUGGGAACGACGCUCCGAAUGCAACAUGUGCAAAAGCUCAAAGCCAGGGAUGCCUGGACUGGACGAAAGACGCGAUGGCGCUGGAGGUGGCUUUAAUGAGCGCCAGCAACGAGUUGCAUCGGCUAAGACGGAAGUUGGUGAAGAUGGCUACGAUGACUUUGGUAUAAGGAAGAAGAAAGUAAAAGCAUCCAAGGCUGAGCGCGAGGCUGCAGCACUCGCUCGUCUACAGCAGUCAUACAGCGCGAUUUACCAACCGCCUCAGAGCGCUACCGACUCCUCGACCAUUUUGUCGUUGUCUGAGUCGGAGAAGGUUUGUGACAAAGCCACCACCACAGCCGCUCUUCCUGCAUCGCAACACAGCGGUGUAAAACGGCGCAGCCGAUCGCCACUACUGACAUCAGAAGUAGGCGACUCAUCAAGAUCACGCGGCCGAAGUCGCGAACGGCGCCGCCGUUGUUCUAGCCGGGAAACGAUGAAUCGACGUGCACGAAGCCCUAUUUUUCGGGACCGAAAUGGCGAUGACCGCCGCCGGAGUCGUAGUCGCGGUUACAGUGACAGUUGGAAGCGAGACCGUAGUCGGCGCGAUAGGCGUUACAGGUAG